AUGGCGCAACUGGACACGCUGGACAUCGUUGUCCUUUCCCUCAUCCUUUUGGGGACGGUGGCGUACUUGAGCAAGGGCAAGCUCUGGGCUGUUGAAAAGGACCCCUACGCCAAUGGCUUCGGUUCCGCCAAUGGCACCACCAAGGCCGGAAAGACGAGGAAUAUCGUAGAGAAGAUGGAGGAGUCGGGAAAGAACUGUGUCAUCUUCUAUGGCUCGCAAACCGGCACUGCCGAAGAUUACGCGUCGAGACUCGCCAAGGAAGGCAAGAGCAGGUUUGGAUUGGAGACCAUGACCGCCGAUCUCGAGGAGUACGACUUUGAGGAUCUCGACAGCUUCCCUAGCGACAAGAUCGCCAUGUUCGUCCUCGCCACCUACGGUGAGGGUGAGCCGACCGAUAACGCCGUCGAGUUCUUCGAGUUCAUCACCGGCGAGGGUGUGUCCUUCUCCCAGGGCAACGACCCUCCCCUGGGCAACCUCAACUACGUCGCCUUCGGCCUCGGUAACAACACCUACGAGCACUACAAUUCCGUCGUUCGUGACGUGAACAAGGCUCUCCAGAGCCUCGGAGCCAACCGCAUCGGUGAUGCCGGCGAAGGUGACGACGGUGCCGGCACCAUGGAGGAGGACUUCCUGUCCUGGAAGGAGCCCAUGUGGGCCGCCCUGGCCGAGAAGAUGGGCCUGGAGGAACGCGAAGCCGUCUACGAGCCUAUUUUCGAGAUCGUCGAACGCGACGGUCUGACCCGCGAUUCUCCCGAGGUCUACCUUGGUGAGCCCAACAAGAUGCACCUCGAAGGCGAGGCCAAGGGUCCCUUCAAUGCCCACAACCCCUACAUCGCGCCCAUCGCCGAGUCCAAGGAGCUCUUCAACGUCAAGGACCGGAACUGCCUGCACAUGGAAGUCGACAUCAGUGCAUCCAACCUCUCGUACCAGACCGGCGACCACAUCGCCAUUUGGCCCACCAACUCCGGCGACGAGGUGGAUCGCUUCUUGGACAUCAUCGGCCUCAAGGAGAAGAGGCACGCCGUCAUCAGCGUCAAGGCUCUGGAGCCGACCGCCAAGGUUCCCUUCCCGACCCCGACCACAUACGACGCCAUCGUCCGGUAUCAUCUCGAGAUCUGCGCUCCGGUGUCGCGCCAGUUCGUCGCCUCGCUGGCCGCGUUCGCCCCGUCGGAGGCUGCCAAGGCAGAGAUCACCAAGCUGGGUGGCGACAAGGACUAUUUCCACGCCAAGACGGGUGCUCACCUUCUCAACAUCGCCCGGUUUUUGGAGUCGGUCAGCGGCGGCGAGAGGUGGCCCACCAUCCCCUUCUCCGCCAUGAUUGAAGGCCUCAACAAGCUACAGCCCCGUUACUACUCCAUCUCGUCAUCGUCCCUCGUGCAGCCGCAGAAGAUCUCCAUCACCGCUGUUGUCGACAAUCAGCAGCUCCCCGGCCGGAAUGACCCGUUCCGUGGCGUCGCCACCAACUACCUCUACGCUCUCAAGCAGAAGCAGAACGGCGACCCGAACCCGGAGGUGUACGGCCAUACGUACGAGAUCAUGGGCCCGAGGAACAAGUACGACGGCAUCCACGUUCCCGUUCAUGUCCGUCACUCCAACUUCAAGCUUCCUUCGGACCCGUCGAGGCCCGUCAUCAUGGUGGGACCGGGCACUGGUGUUGCGCCCUUCAGGGGCUUCUUGCAAGAGAGGGCCAAGCAGGCGCAAGAUGGUAUUGACGUCGGUCGCACAAUCCUCUUCUAUGGUUGCCGGAAGUCGACCGAAGACUUUGUCUACCGGUCUGAAUUCGAGGAAUACAAGAAGGCCAUGGGCGACAAGUUCGAGCUCAUCACGGCCUUCUCCCGCGAGGGCAAGAACAAGGUUUAUGUCCAGCACCGCCUCAAGGAGAGGGCCACGGAGAUCAACGAGCUGCUUGAGAAGAAGGCCUACUUCUACGUUUGCGGUGAUGCCGCUAAUAUGGCGCGUGAAGUCAACGCUUUCCUCGGACAAAUCAUUGCCGAGAAACGUGGCUUGUCAGAGGCCAAGGGCGAGGAGAUUGUCAAGAACAUGAGGGCUUCCAACCAGUACCAGGAGGAUGUCUGGUCUUAA